AUGAUGAUGAAGAAGACGUAUUCUCCAAGAUACUUUGCGAUACUAGAGAAACGGAAGAAUUUACCAGUGUGGUUACAGAAACAAGAGUUUCUCGAAAUUUUCAUGCAAAAUCAGAUGGUGCUAUUGGUCGGUGAGACCGGCAGUGGCAAAACCACGCAGAUUCCACAGUUCGUUUUAGAAGCCGUGCUCGACGAAAACUCUAACCCUAACCCUAAGGGGAAGAAGUGGUUGGUGGGAUGCACGCAACCUCGUAGAGUCGCAGCGAUGUCUGUUUCCCGUCGUGUAUCUGAAGAGAUGGACGUAGAGCUCGGGGAAGAAGUUGGUUACACUGUCCGUUUCGACGAUUGCACUAGUCCCCGAACGGUUCUCAAGUACCUAACCGAUGGUAUGCUUCUGAGAGAAGCGAUGGUUGAUCCGCUCUUAUCGAGAUACAAAGCGAUUGUUCUCGACGAAGCACACGAAAGAACCUUAGCCACUGACUUGCUUUUCGGUCUUGUUAAAAGAGUGUUGAGUAAUAGACCUGACCUUAAGCUGGUUGUGAUGAGUGCAACUUUAGAAACCGACAAGUUUCACAAGUACUUUAGCGGUUCGCCUCUUAUUAAAGUCCCCGGCAGGCUUCAUCCAGUGGAGAUAUUGUAUACUCUAGAACCUGAGAUGGACUAUCUUGAGGCUGCUAUAAACACUGUCAUCCAGAUUCAUAAAUGUGAGCCACCUGGCGAUGUUCUUGUUUUCUUGACUGGGGAAGAAGAGAUUGAAGAAGCUUGCAAAAGUAUCACAUGUAAACUUGGAGACCAAGUCACAGUCAUGCCAUUGUAUGCCACUCUUCCGUCUGCCUUGCAACACAAGAUAUUCGAUCCUACAACAGACCCAACGAAAAUCUACGACCCAAUCACUCGUGUUGAGUCCUUGUUGGUGUCUCCAAUAUCACAGGCAAGUGCUAACCAAAGAGCAGGUCGUGCCGGUAGAACAAGGCCCGGAAAAUGCUUCAGGCUUUACACUGAGAAGAGUUUCAAUGAGCUUAAGACGCAAACGUAUCCUGAGAUAUUGAGAUCAAACCUCGCAAACACUGUUCUUACGUUGAAAAAGCUGCGUGUGGAUGACUUGAUACGCUUUGAUUUUAUGGAUCCUCCUGCUCCUGACACUCUUGCUCGGGCCUUAGGAGAUUUGUUUCAUUUGGGAGCACUUGAUGAUGAAGUUAAUUUGACAAAGACAGGCGAGAAGAUGAGUGAGUUUCCCUUGGAUCCACAGAUGACAAAGAUGCUCAUAGUCAGUCCUGAAUAUAACUGCUCCAACGAGAUUCUUUCGAUUUGCGCGAUGCUAUCAGUACCCAAUUGUUUCAUCAGGCCAAGUAGGGAAGCUUCAAAAGCAGCAGAUGAGGCUAAAUCAAGGUUUGCACACGCUGAUGGAGAUCACCUCACGCUCUUGAAUGUGUACCAUGCUUUCUUGCAAAACAAGCAAGAUCCGAACUGGUGCUACGAAAACUUCAUAAACUACAGAGCAAUGAAGUCUGCGGUUAGUGUUAGAGAGCAGCUGGUCCGGAUCAUGUCGAGGUUUGAGAUGAAGUUGUGCAGCAAUAGUUUCACUAGUCCUAACUACUACGUCAACAUAAGAAAGGCCUUGCUUGCGGGUUAUUUCAUGCAAGUGGCUCACCUAGAAAGCACUAGUGGCCACUACUUGACUCUCAAACAUAAGUUGGAGAACAAUCAAGUGGUUCACUUGCAUCCUUCUAGUUGCUUGGAUCACAAGCCUGAGUGGGUUGUUUACAAUGAAUACGUUUUCACUACCCGGAACUUCAUACGAACUGUUACACAUAUUGAGGGUGAAUGGCUUGUUGAAGUAGCACCACAUUACCAUAAUCUUGCGAACUUGACCAACUGUGAUGCCAAACGAGUGCUUCAAAAGCCUCAUAAGAAGAGAAAGCGUGAGAAGAAAGGAGUUGCAUAG